UAUUUUUUAUUACAAUUUAUUUUUCAAAAAUUCUGUCUUGGUAAUUUCAGAUAUGGCAUCACACUUUCUAUAACGAAUUACGUAUCUGUCCAGAAGAACACCCUAUUUUACUAACAGAAGCUCCACUAAAUCCGAAAAUAAACAGAGAGAAAAUGACGCAAAUCAUGUUUGAAACUUUUGGCUGUCCAGCAAUGUACGUGGCAAUACAGGCUGUUCUUUCUUUGUACGCCUCUGGUAGGACCAGUGGUAUUGUUAUGGAUUCUGGAGAUGGAGUUUCACACACCGUACCUAUUUAUGAAGGAUAUGCAUUACCCCAUGCUAUAUUACGUUUAGAUUUAGCCGGCAGAGACCUAACGGACUAUUUAAUGAAAAUUUUAACCGAAAGAGGCUACAGUUUUACUACAAGCGCCGAAAGAGAAAUUAUUAGAGACCUUAAGGAGAAAAUCUGCUUUGUUUCUCUCGACUUUGAAAAGGAUUUAGCUUUAGCCUCUAGUUCAAGUUGUUUUGAAAAAUCUUACGAAUUACCCGAUGGUCAAAUAAUAACGUUGGGAAAUGAAAGGUUCCGAUGUCCAGAAGCAAUGUUCCAGCCUUCACUCUUAGGGAUGGAAACAGCUGGUAUUGCGGAAACAACAUUUAAUUCAAUUAUGAGGUCUGAUAUGGACAUUAGAAAAGAUUUGUACGCUAAUACCGUUUUGUCUGGCGGAAGUACAAUGUUUCCAGGAAUUGCUGACCGAAUCCAGAAGGAAAUUGCUGCGUUGGCACCUGCGUCCAUGAAAAUAAAAAUUAUAGCACCACCUGAACGAAAAUACUCUGUAUGGAUAGGAGGUAGUAUACUAGCAAGUCUUACCACGUUCCAGCAAAUGUGGAUAUCGAAACAAGAAUAUGAUGAAUCGGGACCUGGCAUUGUGCACCGAAAAUGUUUCUAAAUACGUAUUCACUCAACUAUUCAUUACUUUUAUUUAUUCAUUAUUGUUAUUUUUUAAAAUAGAGUGCUAAUGAGUAUUCUUAAAUAAAUAUUAUA